AUGCUGAAGCUAUUAAAUAGAGCACAUAAUAAUCACUCUUAUGAUACUCAUAUAUCGUCAUUGAUUGUUAAAAAAAUGUACGGAUCUUUAUGUUGUGAAGUCAAGAACAUUUGGGGUAAUCUAUUAACUAGCCAGAAACAAAUUCGAUAUAAAUCAUACAAUCGCUUCUUGGAUUAUUCAAAAGUACCCAGUCUAGAAGAAAAUGAUUUACAAGAACAACAUGUUAGAGGAUCUGGACCUGGCGGCCAGGCAACCAACAAGACGAAUAAUGCAGUAAUUUUAAAACACAAACCUACAGGAUUAGUUAUAAAAUGUCAUCAAACUAGAAGUUUAGAACAAAAUAGAAAAAUUGCUAGAGAGAUACUGUUAACAAAAUUAGACAAUUUAGUGAAUGGUCAGGAUUCUCUGGAAAGCCAAAAGGAGCAAUUAAUGAAAAAAGAUUCCAUUAAAAAGAAACAAAAGAAGAAAAAACUCACAGAUUUGAAGGAUGCGUUUAUAGAACGCGAGAACUUAAAAUAAUCGAAAAUAUAUUAUUUAAACAAUUUUUUGCUCUAGAUAUUAUAUAAUAUCUUGUCUAAUAAAAUUUAAGUCAAACACAA